AUGCCUGUUGCUACAGAUAUAGUCGGAGACUACUGCGUAUUUAUAGCUGCGCUUUUUCUACUUAAUGAUUGAUGUUUCAUAGAGUUGUUAACUUAGUUAAUUGCUUAUUUGAAAAUUGAGAUGUAGAACAUUUCGUUAAUUUGAGGAUCACAUUUGACAUACAAAUUCUACAACUCUAGUAAGGUGAACUUUGACACGCACCUUGGAAACUCGAGGAAACCAAGGGUAUGCACAAAGCAACAACCAGAAGCCAGAUAAUACUCAAAUUGCGGAGACGGCAAGAGAGUGGUAUGAUGUAAUGAUGUCCAUGCCGGCUCUUCUGGAAUCAUGAUCUCAGCUGGCAUCCACCAUACCUGACCUGAUCAACUACAAAGGACUCGGUCCCCAACUCCAUAGGGAUAGAUACAUAGAAUUAUACAGAUAAAUCCCUCUCCAUGUCUCUCAAAUAUAUAUACACCAUUCGAAGCCAUGCGCAUCAACCACUCUGCUUAAGUUUAGUUUCAUAUCUCUGGUGGUAAAAGGCGUUACUUUAAUCGGUUUCUUGUUGAAACGAGAGUUUCAGUUUACGAUGAGUUGUUUUAGGAUUUGCUUGACCGCUCUCCGGUGGGGCACGUCUAAUGGAUGCAAGAGCUUUCAGAAGAAGAGAAGAAGGUCUUCCAGCUUCGAUGCACCAGGGACUGCUACAUCGUCUUUUGCGGCCAUGGAAGUGUCGAAUCAGUUCAAGCAAGUGUUUGAGGUGAUGGACUCCAACGGGGAUGGGAAGAUAUCUCCAGUGGAGCUCAGUGAAGUUCUCUGCUGCCUCGGGUACAAGAACAAGUCCGCCGCUGCGAAAGAAGCUGAAGGGAUGGUGAGAGAGAUGGACAGCAAUGGAGACGGCUUCAUAGACUUGGAUGAGUUCAUGAAUGCUGUGAAUGCUAAUUAUACAAUGCGUAGUGGUAACGAUGGCGGUGAUGAUCUGAUGGAUGCUUUUCUUAUAUUUGAUACCGAUAAGAAUGGAAAGAUUUCAGCCAAGGAGUUGAGGAGGGUGCUGGUCAGCCUUGGAUGUGAGAGAAGCAGUCUGAAAGAGUGUAAGCAAAUGAUCAAAGGGGUUGAUAGGAACGGAGACGGGGUUGUGGAUUUUGAAGAAUUUAGCUUGAUGAUGACCAGAAAUGUGUAAGUUGAUCGAAGUUAUGUUGAACCUUUAGGUUUUCUCAUCAGUUCUAAUUUGCAAUCAUGUAUUAGCAAUAGUUUAUAUCAACCGUGAAGAUAAAAGGGUUGAUUGAUUGUGUUAGAGACGUCUUAAAAGUCCAGAAAAAAACUUUGGAAUAUAACCCCACUAAUAAUGCAGUCUCGCU